GCCGUGGGAUCCUGGAGUGGGCGUGCCCGCCAUUGUGACGUCAUGGGGCGGGGCUUCCUCUGGCUGGGACUGAGGGACAGAAGGACCGACCAGCGCGGAGUGGUUGGUCGGGAUGGUGGCUGACUGCGCAGGAUAGUGGCGGCCAUGUGGAGGUGACAGUCAGCCUGUGGACUCAGGGAGCGCAAAGGAGCUUGGACCAGGUGGACGCCGCUGGCUGGCAGCGCGGCCUCGGUGCUGGCGAUGGAAGCGGAAGGUUUGGGUUGGCUUCUGGUCCCGCUGCACCAGCUGGUUUCCUGGGUGGCCGCUGGGGCCAUGGUCUUCGGAGGGGUGGUGCCAUACAUCCCUCAGUACCGAGACAUCCGGAGGACUCAGAACGCCGACGGUUUCUCCACCCACGUGUGCUUGGUGUUACUGGUGGCCAAUAUUUUACGGAUACUCUUCUGGUUUGGAAGGCACUUCGAGUCCCCACUCCUGUGGCAGAGCAUAGUCAUGAUCCUUACCAUGCUGCUGAUGCUGAAGCUCUGCACCGAGGUCCGAGUGGCCAACGAGCUGAACAUCAAACGCCGCUCCUUUGCAGCUACAGACAGUAAGGAUGAAGAACUCAAAGCCCCCCCCAGGCGGCCCUACCUGGACUUUGACCCUCACCAUUUCUGGCACUGGAGCAGCUUUGCAGACUAUGUGCAGUGUGUCCUGGCCUUCACGGGUGUGGCGGGCUAUGUCACCUACCUGUCCAUCGACUCGGCUCUGUUUGUGGAGACACUAGGCUUCCUGGCCGUGCUGACCGAGGCCAUGCUGGGUGUGCCACAGCUGUAUCGGAACUACCGCCACCGCUCCACGGAGGGCAUGAGCCUCAAGAUGGUGCUCAUGUGGACAAGUGGCGACACCUUCAAGACAGCCUACUUCUUGCUCAACGGCGCUCCUCUGCAGUUCUCUGUCUGUGGUCUGCUGCAGGUCAUGGUGGACCUGGCUAUCCUGGGGCAGGCCUAUGCCUUUGCUCACCACCCCCAGAAGCCAGCACCCCACGCAGUGCACCCGACUAGUGCCAAGGCUCUCUGAGGCAUCUCUGGAAGACAAGGACAUGUGACCAAUCAGCCGUGGGUGCUGAGUCCCAACCUAUGCGUCUGCAUUAGGGAGGCUGGCCCUGCGCACGCCACAGAUGAACAGGCCGCGUGUAGGCAGAGAUAGGAAGUUGAGUGCUUGUCCCCAUAGCCUUCAGGUGGGGGACUCGGGGGUAGUGGAGCUAGGGCUGGCUCUGUGGUGUUUUCAAGGUGAUAGAAAAGGCAGGUGUCUUUCCCUACCUCCUUCAGGAAAACACUGGCCUGACCCUGAAGUAGGUUCAUGCAGCUGAGCAAGUUGGCAGGCACAGCAGCCUGCUGAGUCCCUUCCUCUCAGUCAGUUUUCCUCAGCGAGCCUCUUGUCUCCUAGACAGUGUUCAGCCAUGGCUGCUGGUGGCUGGUCUGUCCUCAAGCUCUGCCCUGCCCUGCUCUGGUGUGCCGCGGGUGUAUCUGCGGCACCUGGUGGAGAUGGAAGCUGCUGGCCUGACCCUGGUCACUGUAUUUUGCUCCUCUCUCUGCUCAUCUUGAGAUCACGUAUGCUUGGCAGCCCUGUGCUGGCCUGGCUGGCUCCUGGGUCCAGAAUGUUCUAGAUGCUUCUACAUCACAGUUUCUUCCCUUCUGCUGGGCAGGAGGUCUUCUCGUGCACACAGUGACGCCAUCCACGGACAGCACAAUAGCUCUUGACAGUCCCGGUGGCGCACCAGGUGGCUGAAGAGGCCACACUGUGCCACCUUCAAGCUUGCCUCAGAUAUUCUAAGUGUGUGAGCGAGAUUCUUGCUUACCCUCUCUCGGGCCUGUGAGAUGCUUGUUAAGAUGUUUAUUUUUUUGAAGACGAAGGGAGAUGUCUGUAAUGGUAAUUACCUCCAAAGUAAACGCCAUCGGUCGCAGGCCCAGCUGCUGAACGAA